AUGCGGGACGUCGGCAUCAUCAACGAGACGGAUGAGGAUUCUGACUACGCGUCCUACCAGCACAGCGGAGGCUGCGUGCGGACGGCCGGCACCUUCACCGUGAACGGAGACGCGACGUUCACGGGUUGUGAGAGCGUCGGUGCGGGAGAGAGCGCCCCGGGUCCCGGAGGAGCCAUCUUCGUGAGCGAGACGGGAUCCGUCUCAUUCAGCGAGGGAGUCACGAUAAUGGAAACGAGCAUCACCGACGACUUCGGAGGCCAAGGAGGUGGCAUAUACAACCUUGGAGAGGUGAACGUUGCGGGUGGCUCCCGCUUCGAGGACAUCUCGGCGAGCUCUGGGGUUGCUGUCUACAACGGCGAGGGGGCGCAGCUCCGCUUCACGAACGGGGCUACCGCCUGCUUCAGGGACUUGUCGAACCGUGACUCCGUGGGAAGCGCGCUGUAUUACCUUGGGUACUUCGAGUUCUCCGGGCCGGCCCUUUUCGUGGAGGCCGACACGCCCGCCCGCCAUCGUGGCCUCGGAGACCAGCGUGACCGUCCCCUCCGAGAACUCGGCCUUCUGGACGUUCAAUGA